CUGCAGCCGCGGGGCGGGGCCGGGCGGCUGGCUGGAGGCCCAGCACAUAACUCUGGGCGGACAGUCUGGGACAGCAGACACCCAGCCGCUGGAGCCCAGCUCGGAGCCCAGCUCUCAGCAUGGAGGCCCUCCUGGUCCUGCCGCUGCUGCUACUGCUCUCCGCUGGCCCCUGCGCUCCCCAGCUCCUGGGGAUCCGGGGAGAUGCUCUGGAGAAGUCGUGCCUCCAGCUGCCCCUGGACUGUGACGACAUCUACGCCCAGGGCUACCAGGCGGACGGCGUGUACCUCAUCUACCCCUCAGGCCCCAGCGUGCCUGUGCCCGUCUUCUGCGACAUGACCACGGAGGGCGGGAAGUGGACGGUUUUCCAGAAGAGAUUCAACGGCUCGGUGAGCUUCUUCCGGGGCUGGAACGACUACAAGCUGGGCUUUGGCCGGGCUGACGGGGAGUACUGGCUGGGGCUGCAGAACAUGCACCUGCUGACACUGAAGCAGAAGUACGAGCUGCGGGUGGACCUGGAGGACUUUGAGAACAACACGGCCUUUGCCAAGUACGCUGACUUCUCUAUCUCACCCAACGCUGUCAGCGCGGAGGAGGAUGGCUACACCCUCUAUGUGUCGGGCUUUGAGGAUGGCGGGGCAGGCGACUCGCUGACCUACCACAGCGGCCAGAAGUUCUCCACCUUUGACCGAGACCAGGACCUCUUCGUGCAGAACUGCGCAGCGCUCUCCUCGGGUGCCUUCUGGUUCCGCAGCUGCCACUUCGCCAAUCUCAACGGCUUCUACCUGGGCGGCUCCCACCUCUCCUACGCCAAUGGCAUCAACUGGGCCCAGUGGAAGGGCUUCUACUACUCGCUCAAGCGCACGGAAAUGAAGAUCCGCCGGGCCUGAGGGGCUGGCCCCCUCGCGGCCCGCCGCCCCUGCCCCCAUCCCACCCGGCCCACUGGCAGCUCUGCUGCUCUCAGCACCGCCUCGGCCAGGCCCCCAUGGCUCCAGCCGGACGUCCCCAUCACAUCCCUGGCAUCCACCUCUCGGCCAGGCCCCUGCUCCCUGCCACCCGAGGCUAUGCUGCCGCAGCGUCCCAAACCUCCAAAAGGCACCACGGUCCAGCCCGGACUCGGACCCUGUCCCGAAGGACAUGGGGCUGUGUCCCACUUUAGCCAGCUUCCUGACCGCGGCCUCUGCCGGCCGAGCCUGUAGACCUCUCCUGGCAUCUGCCAGGCCACCUGCGUGUGGCCACUGCUGCCACACCCCAGCAGUCCCACUGGCUGGCCCUUCACCUUCCUCCCACCCCCGUGUUCCCCAGGGGUGAGCACCACGGCCCGGCCCCAUUGCACUCACGCUCAGCGGCCCCCUGCCUGCCUGACCCAGGCAUCUGAAGCGCAACACCCAAACUGUAUUUCACCACAGCUCCCACAGGCCACCCUAAAAUGCCACAGCCAAGGCGGGCACACAUGUGAGGUCCCCCUAUCCGCCCCAGGGGUGAGUGUGACUGUGCGAGGGUCAGAGGACCGUCUCUGUGGGGCUGGGAGCAGGUGGGAGUGGAGGUCUCAAUAAACCUCAGGACCUGAA